AUGUAUCUGACCGGCGGGGCCCGCCUGUCAGCUGCCGACGUGGCAUUUUUUUUGCAGAAACCCCCCCUCCCCCAUCCCCCGCACCUCCUUCGUCCUCACGCACGGCGGCGCUCGAUCUGGAUCGAGGGGAGGAGCCCCUCGAGCCCCUCACGCCCGCUGCUGCGCCUUCUUCCUGGACGCCAUCGGCGGCAAGGCGCUCACCCGCGUCGCCUGCGCGCUCGUCGUCCUCGGCAGCUGCAUGGCGAGACGGACCGGACGACGACGGCGGUCAAGCGGGAGGCGACGGACAUGGACUCGUCGCAGCAGCAGCAGGGAGCGGAGGCGUCGCGGCGGACACAGCUGCAGGAGUCGGCGGAGACGCGCGCGGCCGCGGCGCCGCUGCCGUGCCCGCGGUGCCGGAGCCGGGAGACCAAGUUCUGCUAUCGGACGGCCGGCGGCGCGCUCCGCAACGUGCCCAUCGGCGCCGGCCGCCGCAAGAACCACCCGCUCGGCCCCAUCGCCACCGUCGUCGGCCACCACCACCACCACCGCGCCGCCGCCGGCUUCGUCCUCGGCUUCCCCAGCCCCUCCUCCUCCCCCACCUCCCCAACGCCCAUGUACGCCGACCGGUGGCAGCUUGGGCCGGAUGGCCGGUUCUGA